GCACAGCUCGCAGCUUUUACACAACAACAAUGUAAACUCCUAUAAAUCCUCAUGGUUUCUCAUUUAUGGCGACCCACUGUUUGUAUAUUGUUGGUAUUCUAUAUGUAGUUUUUUGGAUUACACCUACAAAUGGGAAUAAUGGGAACAAUGAACCACUGUCAUCAGGCAUAGUAGUCAACAGCCAGGACCGCCACCAUGUUGUGGCGCAGAAGAACGGGAAACUGUUGUUGAACUGUUCGGUAGAGAUUAAAUCCUCAGAGUAUGGAGUACCAAAUAUAACUUGGAGGAAAGAUGGGAUUUUAUUAGACUUUGACAAUCGUAUUCAGAGAGUACAGAAUGGGUCCCUGUACUUCAAACGUGUAUGGUAUAAAAAGAAGAAGAAUAUAUCUGAUGAGGGAAUAUAUGAAUGUGUAGUACAGAAUAAAAUAGGCAGCAUUAUAGCUAGACGGGUCACUCUUGAAGUAGCAAGCAUAGCAAAAGAGUAUAGCUCUGAACCUGUAGAUAAAAUUGUUGACGAAGGAGGGGUCGCACGGUUUGAGUGUAAGAUCAAAGCGGUGCCACCCCCUCUGUACACAUGGAUCAAAGAUGAAGUCCAGUUAGCAACAAAUAACAGGUAUAUCAUUAUAAACUCAGGGAUUCUGCAGAUUUUACAAGUGAAUGCAGAUGACGCGGGCCAAUACAGCUGUCACGCUACCUCAGGUGGAUUACAUCACCUACCAGAUACAGUCAAUAGUAUUACAUGGAAGAGAAGUUCUGAAGCCUACCUCACAGUCAAAUCAGGGAAUAAACCAAGGCCAGCAAAAAUAGUUGCUGGACCAUCAGAUACUGUUGCUCAGUCUGGUCAGACAGUGGUGCUAGAAUGUCUGGUAGAUGGCAGUCCCAGACCCAAUGUUAAAUGGAGGCGAGAAGAUGGUAAAAACAUCACGAAAGCUGUGUUGCAGGGGACAAAUCUGAAGUUGUUAGAAUUGGAAGAGAAAGAUACAGGCAGUUAUAUAUGUGAAGUUUCUAGUCAAAAUGGACCUUUAAUUACUGCUAAGGCUAACCUCAUUGUUACAACACCACCUGUUAUAAUAGAGAAACCUAAAAACCAGAAAUUUCCUAGGUCUCGAGUUAUUAUAUUUGUGUGUGACGCAGAAGGAUCUCCGAAGCCUAAGAUAACAUGGUAUAAGGAUGGACAGAGGAUAACAUUAAUCAGCAACACUCAUGGGAGAUACAAAAUUAAAGAUGAAGGGAGACAAAUUGUGAUAGAACAGACUGUAGUAGAGGAUUCUGGGUACUAUCAGUGUAUAGCAGAAAACAGUGUCGACUUUACAUCAACAUUCGCCAGGCUUCUCAUAACAACAAAAGACACAGCACCUGGAAAACCUAAUGUGAGUGCUGAGGCAGUGUCUAGUACAAGUAUACGAGUCUCAUGGUCCAGACCUGUCUUCAAUAAGAAAUGUCACAUCUUGGCGUACUCUGUCACAAUGAAGGUGUCUGACACUGGAAGUAAUGUAGAAACACAAGUGAUGUUGGCAACAGAUUCAAUGAAGACGUUUACAGGUCUGGUACCUUAUACUAAUUAUACAGCGUUUGUGACAGCCUUUACAAGCCUGUGUGGGGCAGGGGACCAUUCAGAUCCAGUCACAGUGGCAACACUGGAGGAUGUUCCUUGUAAAGCUCCAUUGAUAAGACUGGUGAGCACAACAGCUAAUACCAUCACAGUAAAAUGGGACCCUCUCCCUCGCAAGUUUAGAAAUGGAGUCAUUGUUGAGUACUCGAUAUAUUACAUGAAAGUGGAGAGUAAAAUCAUCAUGAAGGAAACCACACCAGGCACAGCUAUGUCUUUCCUUAUCACAGGUUUGGAGCCUGACACGGAUUACCGUGUGAGAGUAUUGGCAUCUACCAAGGCUGGUUACUGUCGUAUUGAGACAAAAGACUGGCCAUGGGUUGACUAUAGCACUUCAACAGGUAAUAACGCAGUCCCGACAAUACAAGUAAACCAGAUUAAUUCUACCUCAGUGAAUGUUACUUGGCAACAUAGUAGUGACGAGCUGCCUACAACUGGUUACCUGUUGUCCCUCAAUAAAAUCAGUAGUACUGAGCAACCUGAGGAGUUUGAUCUGCCUGCAUACAGGAGAUUCUAUGUUCUCACUGAUUUGGAAAACAACACUUUUUAUGUAGUGACACUUGUAGCCAAAAACCAACAUGGUACGUCUGGCCCAGUGGUAGAUGAAUUCAAAAUGGGCUACUUCACUAUCCAACCACCGAUAGAUGUAAAGGUUGUGAUGACCAUGGAAACUAAAGUAACCUUGACAUGGAUACAGCCUGAUGCUGCUUCAGAUGUGGCCUAUUAUACUGUACGGUACUCCCAUACCAAGUCUGAUAGGGAAGACAAGAGAUUUAUCACAGUCACUAGGACUGUUGCUACCAUUGAUAAGCUGAAGCCUUUUACAUCCUACCAGUUUGAUGUGAGAGCCCAUACAAGAGAUGGUAAAUCUAGUCCUUUCAGUAAACCUGUCUUCACACGCACCGAGGAAGAUGUUCCUUCCCCACCAGUAAACAUGUCUGCUCUGAUGAAGAAUGGUAACAUUGUGGUGACAUGGAAACCUCCAGUAUUACCUAACGGUCAAAUCACGACGUACGUCAUCAAAUAUCAACUAGGAUCCGAUGAACCUCUUGGAGACUGGUAUACAAUUACUGUCAAUGGAACUAUAACAUCAUGCAGUUUACAGUAUUCUGAAGGCAUAUACUAUUAUCUGAAGAUGUUAGCAAUCACAGGGGCAGGACCUGGUAAUAGUACAGUUACUAUUGUAGUCCCAGAGAAAGAUACAGUUAGCACUCCGAUUGGUAGUCCAAAAGACCAGAAGAUUGGUAUAAUUAUAGGCUGUCUAAUUGGAAUUGUGUGCAUCAUCAUCUGUAUACUGAUAAUACUAUGUAGAAACAGAUGUUUUAGUAAUAGUUAUCCACAGACACAAACAACUUCUUACCAUGGUAAUGGCCACAUACCAAACCAUGGUAACGGUCAUGUGAGUCGUCCGGCAGAACAGAGUUUGUUGGAUCAUCACCAGAUGGAGCAGUUCACACCUAUUCUGACGGAGAAUCAAAAUUGUGAUUCCAAGGGAUGUGGCAGUGGGAAUCUGAUUGUCACACCUAAUGGAACAAGAAUAAAUGGCUAUGUUCCAUUUAAGAAUGGCAUGAGAAAUGGACAUGUGCCCAAUGGACGUGUCACAGCUUUCCCAGGACGUGGGGAAAUAGCCAAUCCAGAGGAAACAAGAGGGCUUAUAGCCUCCAUGUUAGCAUCCAGUGAUGGAAGUCAUACUUCUGAAGAUUCAUCUAAAGGACUGAAAACAAGCUGUUUAGAUGAUAAGAGCCUUGUCGGCCAGGAUCUACCUCAGAAUUCAAACAUUUUACUAAACGGUGAAGAAAAUACCUCUCCUGACACAUCUGUAGAGGAUGUACCAAAGGGAAGUAACUCAAGAAAUUCACGGAGUUGUCUUCCCCCAUCAUCUCUCAGGAUUUCUGCCCCUAAUCAACAGUCUACCUCGUGUUCCCCUUCAUGUCAGGAUCCAUCGCCAGUGGAGACAGAGGGGUCCGUUAGCAGCGUGGACUGUAGUGAUGACGUCACAAAGGGCAGCAACCAACAUACCUCACUUAAUGAGGACAAACCUCAAUCUAAUACCUCAGACUCUUUAAUUCCAUCAUUACGGAAUGGACAACUUACCUCAGAGGGUAGAAUCAGGGCUCAGGAGGAGGUAGUGUUGCCGUACACGUAUCAACCACCUCCUCCUCCAUACCCAGGGAAAAAGCGUUGCUAUGCCAACACAUCGCCUCAGGAACAUUGUGUCAACUCACAACAAGUAAUUGAUGCAUGAAUUUCAUAUUAUUAUAUUUAUGAUUUUUUUCAAAGUUUUGUUAAGACUGGUUAAUGUUUUUUUUUUUUAUCAUUUGUUGAAAAGUAAAAAAAGUGUUGUUUACUAACAACUGAGAGAUUUUAUGAACAAAUUUUUUAGCUGUUUGUAUGUUAAGCUUUUUUGACAUGCAUUUUUUUCUUCAAAACGAUUUUAAAAAAAGGUUUUAAACCUCCUUGAGUUGGCAUAGUGUUAUUUUAGGAAUAUUAUAUGAUAUUUUCGGUAUGAUGCGGGUAAUGAAGUUUGUUUUACACAUAAGCUCUUUGAUAAUUUUUGUUCCCUGGUCGGAUACGGAAAAAAGUAUACCUCACUGACGUUAUCUACUAUAUAUUAUUAUUAGCAGACAGAGACUGCAUUUUUUAUGAAUAAUAAUCAUUAUUAUUCAUUUAUAUACCUCAAGGAUCGCAUGACUCGAUCAUGGGAUCGAAAAACAGUGAAAUACCUCAGGUGUCACAUGACUAUUUUAUUAUCAUCUCACAUUAUAUAUAAUCAGUUUGGAGGAGGAAAAUGAAAGUAGCUUCGGAUGAGUCAUAUGACCUUGCAUAUGUUGCAGUGGUGAAAAGUGAAAGUGAAAGUAGAACAAGGAAGUGAAUAACAUGGUGAAAAGUGAAAGUGAAAGUAGAACAAGGAAGUGAAUUACAUGUGAAGCAGGAAGGAGAAUAACAGGGUAAAUAAAGUGAGCAGUGGACAAAGAAAACCGGUGAUUUACAGGUCCAGCAUACAAAUUAUAAUAUUGCCUCAAUUAAUGUUAUCUGUAAUUUUAUUAGUAUUACACUUGGAAUUAAAUGACCAAAAAUUAAUGCAUCAAUAUAUAAAGAUAAAUUAUACAAGAUUUUAAAAUCAAGAGAAACGCUUUGGUAAAGCCCACUGUCAGUUUUUUUAUCAUAUAAUUUUCAGAUAUAAAUUAUUUUUUAAAUCAUGUCAAAUAUUUUUAUUUAUUUUUGACUGGAGACUGUAUUUUAUAUUAAACUUUUCUUUGUAGAAUUGUUUUUUCCCCUUUUUGUUGAUGACUAGUUUUUUUAGAUUUGCACUUUUGAUCUUUGGUGUAGAGCUGUAAAAUUGGCAAUAACACCACAAAUCCCUAUUCUGAUUUAUAUUAUCAGUCCUUUGUAAAAUUCAACCAAUCCCAGUGGUUAUAGAAACUUUAGGAUUAGGAAAAUUCAUUUAACUUUUGAUGAGUUAAAUCAGUUUUUCGAUUUGGUUAUUUUUAGGAACUGCAGUAUUUAAUAAAAGAAAAAAAUUGGUUCUCUUGAAAAUAUGAAGUAAGAUUCUUUUUGGACUUUUGAUGGAACUAUCCUUGCUAAAAGGCCUAAAGAAGUAAAAAAAAUUUUGACCUAACAUUAAUUUGAAGAUUGAGCAUAGACCAGCAAUAUAUAUGUUUGUUGUAAGACUGGAUCAUCAGGGAUUUGUUUUAAAAGCUUUAGAUAAACUUAUGUUCACCGAUGCCUAUGUAUAAUAACUUGAUAAAUUAUUAGUAUGCUAGAAGUAAAGGAAAUGUUGCUAGUGUUAUGUAAAUGGAGUUUUAUAUCAUUUAAAAUGUAUACAGUUUUUUUUCUACUAUUGGAAAUUGAAAGCAAAACCAACUGAUAUUUUGUACUAAGAAUUAUGAUUUUGAGAUAUUUAAAUUAUUAUAUUUAUUGUUUCAUAGUGCUAUUUGUAAAUCAACAAAAUGAUUCUAGUUUCAUAUAUGACUGUGAAAGACUGUUCAUUCACAAUUCAAUUUUAAUAAUUAUACAUAUAUAUUUGGCACCAUUUGAUUUGUUACUCAUUUUUAUAUAUAUACUAGUGAAUUCAUAUGUUGAAAUAAAAUUUAGAAUAAUGACAUUCUACCAAAAAGGAGAAAA